GUUCACCAGCCGGGAAAUAUGUGGAAGUGUCUGCCUUUGACUCAACUCUCAAUGUUGUGACAUUUAUACUUAGGAACAGCUACUUGGACAGGAACAUCCCUUUCUGGGCCUGCUGUGGUGAAGAUAAUGGAAAUAACAGAGAUCCAAAAGAUUGGUGUCGGCCUUGUGGGCUUCGGAGCAUUCUUCCUCCUUUUUGGAAUGCUGCUUUACAUGGAUUCAGUGCUUCUGGCCUUUGGAAAUAUUCUGUUCCUGUCUGGAUUAGCUGUCAUCAUUGGACUAAGAAGAACGUUUGGUUUCUUCUUUCAGAAACCAAAGCUUAAAGGAACCAGUUUCUUUCUAGGAGGCAUAAUCAUUGUCCUACUUAGGUGGCCAGUCCUUGGAAUGCUGCUGGAGAUCUAUGGUUUCAUCAAUCUCUUCAGGAGUUUUUUCCCAAUUGCCUUUGGAUUUCUUGGGGCAUUGGUUAAUAUACCAUUUCUGAACACGCUGUUCCAGAAAUUUGGAGACACCAGUUCUUUGGUGUAGUCUGGAUGAGACCUAUCUCAGGGACAACUUCCUUUCUUACAAACAAGAACCACUUUCAAAAACAAACAUGAACCUAUUAUCUUCACAAGGAUAUAUAAUUUAGGCUCUCAGUCCUAUCUUUAUAUGAGGUGACCUCCUACAAGUAUAUACAAAUCAGCUGAAAGAAAUUACUUGGAGAUGUUGGUUGUAUUAGCAUGGUGUAAAGGUUCUACAACCUUUUGCUAGUUUAUCCACAGCUUAAUGAUCUCCUGCAGAGGAUCUUACUGAGGAUGUUAAAUGGAUGGAUAACAGCGGAGUGAACCAUGAACUCACUGAGCAAAACAAUCAGUUAAAGUUAGUUCUCAGAAGGACACAUCCAAGUGGGA